AAUACUUUGAAACAAAAGCAAUAGAAGAAAUACUAAAAGCUCGAGUCUCUAUCUGUCACCUUCAAUCUUCUCUGAUUUUUCUUACGUCCUACUCAUUUCACCAUUUCCAUAAUUUUGCAACCAACCAUUAUUAUUGCCUUUCAUCUUUCUCACUCCUUCUUUCUUUCUCUAUUUUCUCAAUUUCUGCAUCGCCAUCUUCACAAAAGCUUGUACUACUUGCUGAGUAGUGCUGAAGGGAAACCACUACUUCCUUUUUUUGGUUGCUUCUGUGGCCAUAUCCACUAUGUUGUUGAAGAGGUUUUCAUGAUUGCUAGGAGGUUUAUUAUCUAAUCGUUUUGGUCUGCUGCUGAAGAUUAGUGUAUGAUAUUCGUCCUGAAUCGUGAACUUGUGAUUGAGAGGGUGUGACCCGUUGUUCAAUUUUUGAACAAAAUGGCUGAAAGGAAAUUGAAUAUCAAUGCCCCUCUCAUGUCUGUGAGACGUGCUUCUGCCACAUCACCGUCCUUGACGGAAGCAAGGAAAAAGAUUCUAGAGAAACGUCACAGUCUUCCAUACCACAAAUCAGACACGACCUUGGAUCAGGUAACAAAACCAGUUGCAGUUCCUUUCAAUUGGGAGCAUAUCCCUGGAAGACGCAAGGGCAAUGGUGGAUCUGAGCCUCAUCCCCCCAAGGCCACUUCAAUCACUCCAAGCCCAAGGCUUCCUCCGGGAAAUUCAACCAAUGCUACCAAACAACCAUCGGAAAGGGAAAAUAAAUCUGCGAGUAAAUUCAAGUCCUCAAAUAAGUCCAAGUCCUUCAACGUCAGUGUGGCAAAAGUAGACACCGAGAAAGAGAGAAAAGCAGAGAAGAUAGAGAAAAUAGUUGAGAACAGAAGGUCCAAUGUAAGGUAUGAUGAUGAUGAUGAUAAUGAUGCUUUUUCAGAUGCUCUUGAAACACUGUCACAUACAGAAUCAUUCUCCAUGAACUGUAGUGUGAGUGGUGUAAGCGGGUUAGAAAGUAUGGGCGCAAACAAGUCUGGAACCUUUUCCACAGAUCAACAAACUAUAGACUUCAUGAUGAGCCGAUUCUUGCCCGCUGCAAAGGCUAUGACUCUUCAGCCUCCUCAAUAUUCUUCAAAAAAGCAAUCUGUACUAGUAGAACAACAACCUAGAGAUAUUAGCAAAUUCAUUCGCGAGGAAAAGAAGCCAUUGUCUAAUAAGCACAACACUGCCAUUAUACCAUACACUGGCCAAAGUCAAGAGGAAGAAAGUGAAGACGAAGGUGAUGAUAACGAAUAUGACAACUCUUCUAAUAUUGCAGCCAAAGGCUGCGGGUUGCUACCUCAAUUACAUAUCAGGAAUUCAUUGUGCUUAUUGAAUCCUGUGGCUGCGAUGAAAAUGAAAAGCCAGGUUUCCUUGCCUUCAGCCAGUGAGGUUGUGAAACCUAACAAAACUUCUCAUAUUAGAUCUUUCAGCCCUGUUCCAGCUGUAAAGAAGGCUUGGGAUGCAAUUCACAGGAAUAAAUCUAACUCCAGGGCACCAUCACCUGACAAGCAAGAGGGUAAAAAGAAAUUGACAAGUGAAUCAAACAGAUUUAACUAUUCAGGUGAAUUGCUUCCAGGUAGACUCUCUCCCUUCCGUCGCUCAAGAGCAGCUGCUACUGGUAUAUCUCCCUCUCGAAGACCUCAAUCUCCCUUUCGUGGCGUCAAGUUGCUUGGUGAUUCUAAAGAGGCUGAAAAUUACAAGUUUGGCAAGGUGAAAUUCCACAGCGGUGUGCUUGGAAAUGUUCAAGAUGUGAUGUUCCAAGGAAACAAAAAAACUUCGUAUUCGGGUAGUCUCACUCUUGAAAAGACAUUGUACAUAGAUACAGUCAGCACAGCGAAUUUACCAUCUUCAAAUGUAAGUUCUUUGGAUAACAAACGGAGGGUAGAUACCAUGGUUGCAGACUUAGAGAGAAGAAGGGGGAAAGAAAGUAAUUCCUCCAUAGGAUCUUCUGGAGAUAUAAAACAAGUACAAUAUGCUGUGGAAGAAAAGGUCACGUUUGAUACUGAAGUGUUAAACUCUUUAGAUUCCAUUCCACCAAGUUUGUAUAGAAUUUUGAAUCCCACAGCCAAAGAAGGCAAAACUGAAGGAUUGACAACCGAUCAAAAUAUUAACCAAGAACCCGAGUCCUUGUCACUUUUUCAAGGGACAUUAGUUGAAGAUUCAAAGAUCAAUGCCCAGCAAAUUGUUCUAGUUAAUGACUCAGGAAAGCAUAGUGCUGAUUCUGUCGUGUCUCCUCUUCCCCCACCAUUACCAAAAUCACCUUCCGAGUCCUGGCUUUGGCGUGCCCUGCCUUUAGUUUCUGUGAAGAAUUCUUUCCUGCACUCGAGUCAAGGGACUCAAUCCCAAGCUAAGAGGCAUGAUUCUAAUGCAACAUCUGGUAAUCUCAAGUGGGAAACAAUAGUGAAAACUUCAAAUUUGCAUCAUGAUCAUGUACGCUAUUCUCAGGAACUUCCGACGCAUAAAUCUAAGCACUAAAUCUUUGGCAUGAAACUCAAUAUCAUGUUACAGUUCAAGCUUUAGGCGCCCCGAAUUUUCAGUUUGCUUGUGCUGUUGGCUUCAAGCCCUGCAUCCCGUUGAUUUUGGUGAUACUGUAUUGAUUAUAGAGAAAUCAAAGUUAACUUUUUGUGAUGAAUAAAAGCAAAGCCUCUUCUGGAUUAGUGGCGCUUUCGGUGGAAUCAAGAUUUCCUAACCUGCCCAACAGAAGUGUAUAUCGGCUACUACUGUGUGUCUGUCUUUCUUCAUGUUGGUUUAGUGUUUGCAACUUUUUUCUUCUUGAUCCGAGGAAUGAUCCUCUUGGUAUCAGCAUUUUUUUUAUGUUAACUGGCACAAGUGAUUACUAUUAUCCAUGAUCUAUUGAUCUUUUCCUUUUUAAUACUCAGAAAAGAAUCCUUCAAAUAUUUUAGUUUGGCAUUCCUCAGUACUUUGAGGACAAGUAUGUACAUCAGAUGAAUUCUAGAUUGAGAAAAAUUAUGUAAAGCUUUUAGCAAAUCUGGCACGGCAACAGGACAAAGAUAUUUUAAUCAAUUGCAUAGUUGAUGUAUUCAUGUAAUUGUGAACUAUAUAGAUGCUAUUCCCUUUAUGAUGUA